CGCCCGCCCGUUAGCCGCCCCGCCCCGCGCCCCGCCCGUUAGAGCCGCCCUCCCGCCCCGACCAGGCUGCCGUGCGCCCCCGCCGCGACCAUGGCCUCCCCUCAGGUGGCGCGGCCCCAGCACUUUCAGUCUCACGUGGCCAUGAAAACACCCUGCAUGCCUUCACAAGGAGCCGAGGAUGAGCAGAGAAAAAGAGACAAUGUGCGUUCCUUGACUAUGUCUGGCCAUGUUGGCUUUGAGAGUUUGCCUGAUCAGCUGGUCAACAGAUCCAUUCAGCAAGGCUUCUGUUUUAAUAUUCUGUGUGUGGGGGAGACUGGAAUCGGAAAGUCAACGCUGAUCGACACGUUGUUCAACACGAAUUUUGAAGACUGCGAAUCCUCACAUUUUUACCCACAUGUUAAACUUAAGGCUCAGACGUAUGAACUCCAGGAAAGUAACGUUCGAUUGAAGUUGACCAUUGUGAAUACAGUCGGAUUUGGUGACCAGAUAAAUAAAGAAGAAAGCUACCAACCAAUAGUUGACUACAUAGAUGCACAGUUUGAAGCCUAUCUCCAGGAAGAGUUGAAAAUUAAGCGUUCUCUCUUCAACUACCAUGAUUCACGCAUCCACGUCUGCCUUUAUUUCAUCUCUCCCACGGGGCACUCACUCAAGACACUCGACCUCUUGACCAUGAAGAACUUAGACAGCAAGGUGAACAUUAUACCAGUGAUUGCCAAAGCAGAUGCAAUUUCUAAGACAGAAUUGCAGAAGUUUAAGAUCAAGCUCAUGAGUGAACUAGUCAGCAAUGGCGUCCAGAUCUACCAGUUUCCAACAGAUGAUGACACCAUUGCCAAAGUCAAUGCUGCAAUGAAUGGACAUUUGCCUUUUGCUGUUGUAGGAAGUAUGGAUGAAGUCAAAGUUGGCAAUAAGAUGGUCAAAGCUCGUCAGUACCCCUGGGGUAUUGUGCAAGUGGAAAAUGAGAACCACUGUGACUUCGUAAAGCUGCGAGAAAUGCUCAUUUGUACAAACAUGGAGGACCUGCGGGAGCAGACACACACCCGGCACUACGAGCUGUAUAGGCGCUGCAAGCUGGAGGAGCUGGGCUUUACCGACGUGGGCCCUGAGAACCAGCCCAUCAGUCUACAGGAGACCUAUGAAGCCAAAAGACACGAGUUGCAGGAUGAGCGGCAGAGGAAGGAGGAGGAGAUGAAGCAGAUGUUUGUGCAGCGCGUGAAGGAGAAAGAGGCGAUCCUGAAGGAGGCGGAGAAGGAGCUGCAGGCCAAAUUUGAGCAGCUUAAAAGAGUUCACCAAGAAGAGAGAAUGAAGCUUGAAGAGAAGAGAAGAUCUUUGGAAGAAGAAAUAAUUGCUUUCUCUAAAAGGAAAGCCACCUCCGAGAUCUACCAAAACCAGUGCUUUAUGGCAUCAGGUAGCAACUUGAAGAAAGACAGAGAUCGAAAGAAGUAA